UGCGCAAGAGGUGAGGCAAUACCAAAAGUUUGAAGUAAAGAGCUUUCUUUAGCAACACUCAAAGAGUCAGAAAUCGAAAAAAAAAAGGUGAAAUCACACAGUUCCCAAAUUGUUGUAAUAACUAUCAAACAUGGCUAGAUACGAUAGAGCGAUCACUGUUUUCUCACCUGACGGGCAUCUAUUCCAAGUGGAAUACGCAAUGGAAGCAGUACGCAAAGGUAACGCAGCAGUUGGUGUACGUGGCACUGAUACUGUUGUCCUUGGCGUCGAGAAGAAGUCUACGCCCAAGCUUCAGGACUCUAGGUCCGUAAGAAAGAUAGUAAAUCUAGAUGAUCACAUCGCUUUGGCCUGUGCUGGGCUGAAAGCAGAUGCACGAGUCCUUGUGAAUAAGGCACGCAUCGAGUGUCAGAGUCAUAAGCUAACGGUUGAAGAUCCUGUUACCGUUGAGUAUAUAACUCGUUACAUUGCUGGUCUUCAGCAAAAGUACACUCAAAGUGGUGGGGUAAGGCCAUUUGGUCUAUCCACCUUGAUCAUUGGUUUUGACCCACACACAGGCGUCCCCUCACUUUAUCAAACAGAUCCAUCGGGUACAUUCUCAGCUUGGAAAGCCAAUGCGACUGGUAGAAACUCCAACUCUACUCGGGAGUUCUUGGAGAAGAAUUACAAAGAAACAUCUGGCCAGGAAACUGUGAAACUAGCAAUACGUGCUUUGCUUGAAGUAGUUGAAAGUGGUGGAAAAAACAUAGAAGUUGCUGUGAUGACAAAAGAGCAUGGGCUUAGGCAACUUGAGGAAGCUGAAAUCGAUGCCAUUGUUGCUGAGAUCGAAGCAGAGAAGGCAGCUGCAGAAGCAGCCAAAAAGGCCCCGCUGAAAGAAACCUAGUUCUGCUGAAAUUCAUUCUGAACUAUCCUGAAUUUUUUUUUUUUUUUUUUUUUGGAUCCAGUAAAGUGAAGUGUUCCUUGAAUUUAACAUUUUGGUCUGACUAAUAUUUGGCGCUUACAAGACUGAUCUUGUUGUCAGGCAAGACCUUUGUUAUAAUUGUUUUAUGGGGCAAAAGAAAUCAAGGUACACUGUCUCUGCCCUUUUGGGGCGUUGCUUGAUAUCUUAAUGUUAUUUGGUAGUUCUUGUA